CCCAAUUAAAGCCUUUAAUACAGGUGGCACGAGAUAACGCACAGAACAGCUUCUCUCUUGGUCUGGAUCUGCAAACAGAAUGAGGACUCUUCAGGAAAAAAUCAUUGUGCUUUCCAUUUUUCUGUCUCUGAUCUGCACCAUUCAGGUUGAUUCACUGCCUGUACCUGAAGACUGGAAAGGUUUGCUCCAGCGGACCAAACGGUCACUUCUGUGGCGCUGGAACAGCAUGAAGCCUGUGGGUGCCGGCUGCAGGGAUGACUUAGAGUGUGGCACAAAAUACUGCAGGAGAAAUAUCUGUUCCUUCUGGAAAUCCGUCUGACAAAGGGAUACACAAACGUAACUCCCUCAGGGUGACUCUCUACACAACA